UUAUUCUUCCUGGCAGGUACAUCAGAUCCAUCAGCUCCGAGCUCACUACUUUUCCCUUCAUCUCAAUUAUGUCUUGGAAGAAGGCCUUGCGGAUCCCCGGAGGACUUCGGGCAGCAGCUGUGACCUUGAUGCUGGCGAUGCUGAGCAGCCCAGUGGCUGAGGGCAGAGACUCUCCCCAGGAUUUCGUGUUCCAGUUUAAGGGUCUCUGCUACUUCACCAACGGGACGGAGCGCGUGCGUCUUGUGACCAAAUACGUCUAUAACCGAGAGGAGUUCGCGCGCUUCGACAGCGACGUGGGGGAGUUCUGGGCGGUGACGCCGCUGGGGCGGCCUCACGCCAAGUACUUCAACAGCCAGAAGGACUUCCUGGAGAGCACCCGGGCGGAGCUGGACACGGUGUGCAGACACAACUAUCAGUUGGAGUUCCCCGCGAUCUUGCAGCGGCGAGAGAAGCCUACAGUGACCAUCUCCCCAUCCAGGACAGAGGCCCUCAAUCACCACAACCUGCUGGUCUGCUCGGUGACAGAUUUCUAUCCAGGCCAGAUCAAAGUCCGGUGGUUUCGGAAUGACCAGGAGCAGACAGCCGGCAUUGUGUCCACCCCGCUUAUUAGGAACGGUGACUGGACCUUCCAGAUCCUGGUGAUGCUGGAAAUGACCCCCCAGCGUGGAGACAUCUACACCUGCCAUGUGGAGCACCCCAGCCUCCAGAGCCCCAUCACCGUGGAGUGGCGGGCUCAGUCUGAAUCUGCCCAGAGCAAGAUGCUGAGUGGUGUUGGAGGCUUCGUGCUGGGGCUGAUCUUCCUCGGGCUUGGCCUUGUCAUCCAUCACAGGAGUCAGAAAGGACCUCAAGGGCCUCCUCCAGCAGGUAAUAUUUCAGCCAUGAUCUAGUGUGGGGAGGGCGCAGGUAUAAGAGGAAAGAGCAUGAGCUGAGUGUACCUGACCACAGUGGUCUCUGUUUAUGGCCUAUUUGCUGCUAUGAGGAUCAAGACUUAGGGAAGAAGUUUGCCAGUUUCUAGGAAUCUCCAGAGAUUGUUCCCUAGAACCAAGCCUUAGCUUUGGUGGCAUCUUCUUGUGAAAUGUGGGGGCAGAACCACAGCUUAAAUGUUAGACAGUAGGAUGAUGCCCACUUUGUGCCACAUUUUGGUGGCUACUUCCUGUAGGCAUUUUCCAGUGACUGAAAGAGGCCACUAGUGGUACCAAUGAGGUAUCAUCCAAUUUCCUCAAAAGAUUGAACCCUUCAUAUUUCCCAGAAGAGUGACAGCUGUUCCCCCACCUCGCACACAUCUACAUCAAGCUGAAGUUCCAUGUCCUCAUGAGCUGAUUUCACCUUUGCUUAGAUCUUGGGGGAGGUGACGAUGGUACACCCUGGACCUCAGCUUUCUCUGUCUGAAGCUGCAGGGGGCCCCUGAGGGGUGGGGGAGAUGGCAGGCCCACCAGGGUACCCUGUGCUGAUUAUGCCUCGUCUCUCUU